AUGACAGCAGUUUAUAGAAUUUUAGACAUUCACACGCAAAUGUUGAUGCGCAUCGUGGCGCUGAUUGUUUGUCGAGGUGUGCGGUCGGACUUAACCACUGUUUUCGUGGCGGGGGGAGAGGUUGUGCAACAAUGGAUCAAUCCGUACGGAAAGGAUUUGCGAUUAAUACUGCGAGAGCCGCCUUUAAAGCAAGCAGCGAGUGUGUUGCACAAAGAUUUGGUGCAAGAAUUGUGGAUGGAGCAGAAGUUGGAUCAAUUUGAUGGGACGAACAACAAAACUUGGUUAAUGCGUUACUUGCGCAGUGAUCGUUACUUCCAGCCACAUGGCCCAAUAUUCAUAUUCGUUGGCGGAGAGUGGGAGAUUUCGCCAGCUUACCUUUUGACAGGUCACAUGCACGAUAUAGCAAGACAACAUAACGGUAUGCUUUAUUAUGUGGAACAUAGGUACUAUGGCAAAAGCUGGCCUAAAGAUGAUGCCAGUGCUGAAAACUUGAAAUACUUAAGUGCGCGUCAGGCUCUAGCGGACUUAGCUCAUUUCAUACGCCAUCAAAAGAGCAAUGAAGACGAAUUGUUGAACUCAAAAGUCAUACUAACUGGCGCUUCUUACUCCGGGAGUCUCGUUGCUUGGUUCGCUAAGCUAUAUCCAGAGUUGAUGGAUGCUGGUUGGGCUUCGAGUGCACCGUUAGUGGCCAAAUUGGAUUUCUUUGAAUACAUGCACCAAGUUGGGAUGGUUAUCCAACAACGUGGAGGUUCUGAGUGUUCCGAACUGCUCGAAAGAGGACUUAACGGUAUUGCAGCACUACUGGAGUCCUCAAAAGCUUCUCAACUUCUUAGUGCCCUGCACAUAUGCAGCAAUUUCGAGCCCAAAAAUCAACUGGAUCGCGCUGCGUUCUUCAAUGGCCUGGGAAAUUAUUUUGCCACAUUCGCACAACUGUAUGACGACCAAAUCGCCGCCAAAAUUUGUGCGCCACUCAUAACUACCACAAAUACAGACGACUUGAUGGGCUUCAUGGAAUUUUUGCGGCGCAUAUUUUGGUCCGAGUUCGCGAAGCAAGAGCACGCCGAAGACUGGUGCAUCGAUUUGUCCUAUGACGGCAUGCGGUCUAUAUUUACAGAUCUAACGGACCAGCUAAGCGGCACACGUCCUUGGUUUUACCAGUGUUGCCAUGAAUUCGGUUGGUUCACCACUACGACCAACAAUAGCAGACAUAACAAAUACCCAGCGGUCAUCCGGCAGGUGACAGUUGCGCGUCGCCAUGAAGCGACAACCCAGCUGCCACACUCAUUUGGCCGUCAAGUGCCACUCAAUUAUUUUCAACAACUUUGUGACGAUGCCUUUGAUCCAAGCGCCGAUGCCGCAACGUACAGUGACAUUGACAUCUCCACCAGCGUUCAGCAAACAAAUAGUAAUUUCGGUGGUCUCACCGCAGCCGCCGCGCUACAGCGUGUCAUCUUCACUCACGGCCAGCUCGAUCCCUGGCGUGCUGUUGGCCUGCAACGGGGCAAAAAUGUCAUUAACAUAGCAGACUAUUCCCACACCGCUGAUUUGGAUUCCAUAGACUUCGGCGAUUCGGUGGAAAUGAAUGUGGCUAAAUUGAAAGUAGCUGCCUUUUUGCGUAGCGUUUUACGGUGA